AUGAAAAAGAAACAAUCUUUACAGUCAGUCAAUUCAAUUAUUUUUCAUGAUAUCCGCAAUGAAAAAUAUACGGACGCUGUUAAAAACGGCUGCCUAGCUACUGUUUUCUUGACUCUUUGCUUUAAAAACUACGUCCUGCUUCGACACGCAAACUCUUUGAAAAAAUGCAUUGAAAUCAUCGACAAAGACUACGCCGAAGUUGAGCAAUACACACAAGAAGAGAAGAAAAUAAUUCAACUUUAUUCAAAAAAGGGGUCUAAUGUCUGUUGGUACUGGUUUCUUGCAAUAUGUUCCACCGGUGCUAUGUUUCCUAUAAAAGCCUUGUUAUUUAUGAUCUCUUCACUUAUUCAAGGUGAUUUUAAAUUAGUUCCAAUGUUCGAUAUGACUUACCCUGCUCCGAUCGAAACACACAAAGAAAUUAUCUAUGUUUAUUUUAUUUUAUUUUUAUAUUGUUUCAUUUUCGAUAUGUACGCUAUGUCUGUGUACGUCGGAUUCGAUCCCUUGCCUUCUAUAUUUUUGUUGCAUGUUUGUGGUCAAAUUGAAAUAUUGAGUAUGCGGAUGAAGAAUGUAAUGGCCAACGUUAAAGACCACAAAGAGAUCUGUGAAAAGUUAAAAAAGAUUAACCAAAAGCUACAAGCAAUUUACGUGUUUCACAAUUCUGUUCAAUCAAACUUUUUGGAAUUACUCGAAUUCAAUAUGAAAACUACAAUACUAUUACUACCAUUUUCUGCUUUUCAGAUAGUCCAAUCAUUGAAGCAUUUGGAACUUAAUAUAGAAUUUAUUUGUUUCUUUGGGUCAUACGUAAUUCACUUUCUGAUCCCCUGCUAUUACAGCAAUCUAUUGAUGGAAAAGAGUAACGAAUUGAGAGAAGCAAUUUACUCGUGCGGUUGGGAGAACCAACCGAAUAUUCAAAUAAGGAAGACCGUAUUGUUUAUGUUGGCAAGAUGCGGCAUACCGCUCAGCAUGAGAACUAUAUUCCACCCAGUUAACCUCGCAACAUUUGCUGAGGUGUGUCGUCAAGCUUAUACAAUAUUUAAUAUUAUGAAUGCCGCGUGGUCUUAA